AUUUUUUGUUAAGAUUAAAUAUCAAGGUAUCCCCACAAAAAAAUAUAAGAGAUAGGAGUUGGACUUUUUAAAAUUUUACUUCACGACAUACGUUGUUCCGUCAUGGGUGUGUUAAACUAUUUUGUCUUGAGUUUGGUGAUUACUGCCGUCUCAGCAGGCGUGGCAAUCACUAAAGGAGAUUCUAAAGCCAGUGAAACCGUCUGUUACGGAGAUUUGGGAUGCUUCACUACUGCGGAACCUUGGACAUCUUCCGUUCGGCCUAUUUCCGCUUUACCCGAAGAUCCGUCAGUGAUCAACACUCGAUUUUUGCUUAACACAAGGACAAAUCCAGUGGAUGCCAUUACACUCGUAAGAGAUGACGCACUCGGACUAUACAAUUCGCCUUACAAUUCGACUAAAAAGACCGUGUUUCUUAUUCACGGUUGGACAAAUGACGCCAACCAUCCAUGGAUCAUAUCAUCCGUCAGGGAAAUUCUAAUCAAUGAGGAUGCCAAUGUAAUAAGCGUUGAUUGGGCUCCAGGAGCAGGGCUUCCUUAUCUCCGUGCAUUGACAAAUGCGCAAGUGGUUGGCGCUGAGAUGAGUCUCUUUAUUUUGUUUAUCGCAUCGAAAACGAUAUUGGAUUACGCAAAUAUUCACAUGAUUGGCCACGAUUUGGGAGCUCACGCAGCUUCUUACACCGGCCAUCGGCUUUACGGCAUUGGGCGCAUUACAGGUUUGGAUCCGUCGACCAUCUAUUUCGAGGGCGGAGAUGUUGCGACUCAUUUGGAUCCCACUGACGCUCUUCUGGUUGAUGUUAUCCAUACGGAUAAAACAUUUCCUUCGCUGGGAAGGAAUCACGUUGGUUUGGGAUUCGAAACUAACACUGGCCAUGUCGACAUUAUUGUUAACAACGGACAGGAACAACCUGGAUGCAAAGACACCCUCGACAACUUAGUAAAUAAACCCGAAGAUUUGGUCACCUUGACCGAUCUCGAUGGUGCUUCUUCCAUCGAUCAAUAUGUUUGUUCUCACCUGAGGGCUGCCGAUUAUUUUGUUGAAUCCAUCAAUUCUGUCUGCCCAUAUUCAGCCUUUUCCUGUUCGUCUUGGGACAGCUAUUUGAAGGGGACCUGCUAUUCGACGUGCCGCAACCCUAAUGCUUGUACAUCCCUCGGUUAUCACACAGGAGAUUAUCCAGCUAGAGGCACAUUCCACCUCGACACACAAUCAACCGGACCUUAUUGCAAUUUGGUGCUCCGAAUGGAGGUAGAUGUCUCUCCAAAUCAAGUCGAAACUCACGGAUCAAUUAAAUACAUUUUGAUUGGCGAUGUUGGACAGACUAAAGAAGAUGAACUCUACAACGGAAUCAUAUCGAAUGGGUUUAUUCUGGCUGAGUACGUGACAGUUGCAGGUAGCAAUGCAUACCGUAUUGGGAAAGUAGGGUCUGUUCGUCUACGCUAUCAAAAAGACGCUUUCGACGAGAAUGAAAUCGUCGUGCAAAAGGUCGUUGUCCAACAAGCAGAGACUACCAUCAACGCUGUCGACAACGUUUUCCAGGGAGCAGUUUUACCAGAUAAUGAAUACGUCACCGUGUAUCCAGUUUAAGAA